GACUUGCAUGCUGACCUCGGGCUAAAAGUUUCGACUAUUCUGAAUUCUGAUCGCCAAGGGCAAGUUACCUGUGCACACAACUCCGAGCCGAAUGAAAGAGCCAACUCACCGGCGUUGUGUAUUUUUCAGUACGUGUUUGACGUUCUUACAGGUGGGUUGAGCUAAGUCACUCUUAGGCCCCCUUAUUUUAUUCCACUUCUCCAUAGACUCAUCACUUGGAGAAAAAAUGGUUGACACAGAAGUUAAAAACAGAAAAGUGAAUCGCAACAAAGGCAAAAAUGAAAAGAACAAGGAAAUUCCCAAUCCAGCCGUAGAUCCAAGGGAUGAGGGCGACGGUGAAUCGACACCCGAAGCUUUGCCGGAAGAAUUGGCCGAGGAGACUGUCACCAAGAAAGCCUCGCCAAGCAAAUCUGAGAAGAAGAAGCGAAGUGGCGGCAAAGCGGGGGCUGCAACAGCCGGCACAGCCCUGUCUGACCUCCCCACGUUGGCCGUCACUUGUCACUUUAAUUUACUACCCAUGCUGCUGUUCGGUGUCGCAUUGGCUACACGGUUCUACGCUUUGGAUCAGCCCAACAGCAUUGUCUUUGACGAGCUGCAUUACGGCCGCUAUGCCGGACUCUACCAGAAGCAGACUUUCUUUUUCGACUCGCAUCCGCCUUUGGGCAAACAGUUGUUAGCCCUCGCCGGUUACCUGGGUGGAUUUCAAGGUGAUUUUAAAUUCGAUAAGAUUGGCUCGUCGUACAAUGCCAGCGUACCGGUUUUUGCGAUGCGAUCUGUUCCUGCCCUGACUGGCAGUUUGCUUAUCCCACUGGUCUACAUGAUUAUGCUGCAGCUGAAUUAUUCGCAAUGGACCGCUGCCCUUGCCGGAUUCCUGUUUCUUUUCGAUAAUGCCCUCCUGACACAAUCGCACUACAUGCUCAUGGAGCCGAUCCUGCUUUUCUUCGCCAUGAGUGGCGUUCUCUGCGUUCUCAAGUUCCGUGCUCUCGAACGCAGUGGCAACGCCCAAGCUCACUCUUACUCUCUACGUUGGUGGGGCUGGCUCCUCUCCGGUGCUAUCUUUUUGACUUGCGCCCUGUGUGUCAAGUAUGUCGGUGUCUACUCUUAUCUGCUGGGGUUGGCCCUGGUUGGUCAUGACUUCUGGGAAAAAGUGUUAGGCAACUUGUCGCUAAGCAAGAAGCAAGUCUUUGGCCAUGCUUGUGCACGCUUUUUCGCCUUUUUCAUGGUCCCGCUGAUGGUUUACGUCGGUGUUUUUUACAUCCACCUGAGUACGCUGGUCAAUGCCGGCCCACACGACUCUGCCAUGUCAUCUGCUUUCCAGGCCAGCUUGGAAGGUGGAUUGAGCUCGAUCGUCCGUGGCCAACCCCUGGAAGUCGUUCAUGGUUCUCAGGUGACUUUGAGACACGCCCACGGCUCUCCUUGCUGGCUGCACAGCCACGCAGCCAAUUACCCUGUCAAAUACGCUGACAAGCGCGGAUCUUCUCAUCAGCAGCAAGUGACGUGCUAUGUCGCCAAAGAUAUCAACAACUGGUGGAUUAUCAAGAGACCAAACAGGACUGAUCUUGCGGUCGCUGCACCACUGGACAGGAUUUCACACGGCGAGGAAGUUCAACUUGUUCACGGUAUCACCGGUCGCAAUUUGAAUUCGCACAAUGUGGCGGCUCCGGCUUCUCCAACCAAACAGGAAGUGAGUUGUUAUGUUGAUCACAACGUCUCUAUGCCGGCCCAGGAUGUCUGGCGAGUCGAAAUUACCAACCGCGAAGAAAUUGGCGAUGUCUGGCACGCUUUAGAGUCAAUGGUUCGACUGAUCCAUGUCAAUACGAGUGUAGCCCUGGCGUUCUCUGGAAGACUGCUGCCAGAAUGGGGGCAUAACCAGCACGAAAUCGUCGGCGACGUCAUGGUCAAUCAACCCAAUACCAUUUUCAACGUCGAGGAGCAUCGCUACACGCGCAAUGAGGACGAGAAAGAUCGACAGUUGGAACUGAUGACUACAGAUUUUAUCCCACUCGAGCCCGUCGUGAUGGGUUUCUGGGAAAAGUUUUUCGAGCUUCAAAUCCGGAUGCUUUUCAUUUCCAACGAGAACGUUCAAAAUCACAUGUACACUUCCAGCCCGUGGGAGUGGCUUGUCUUGACCAGAGGCAUCGCCUACUGGGUGUCUCCAGAGUCGAAUGCCCAAAUUCACUUGUUGGGUAACAUCUUCGUCUGGUAUUCCGCAACGGUUGCCCUUGGAGUCUAUUGCAGUCUUCUGAUUUUCUAUCUCUUGAGACAACGUAGGCAAUGUUACGACAUUCACGAAGAAGCCUGGAACCAAUUCCGCACAACCGGUGAGGUUCUUCUAGUUGGUUACGUAUUCCACUUCCUGCCUUACUUUUUCGUCGACCACACGCUCUUCCUGCAUCAUUAUUUACCGGCACUCGCAUUUAAAUUACUUUUGAAUGCCGCUCUGGUUGAGCAUCUUUACUAUCUUACAAGGCUGGUAUUUGCCAAGCAGUUCUUCAACUGGAUGUGUAUUCUGAUAGUCCUCACAUGGAUGAGUGGUAUUCUGAUGGUCUUCAACAAAUUUCUUCCUCUGUCCUACGGCCUCGGACCGAUGAACGCGUCUCAAAUUCUAGAUCUGAAACUGAGAGAAACUUGGGAUUUUAUUGUGCACAAGCCUUAAAAAAUGUUAAAAUUGCAAAUUUUUUUAAUGAGUUUUCCCUAAAAAGGAUUUACGUUCUUUUAUUGAAAACCAUGUGCAAUCCCGGAUGUUGUAGGGUGUUUUUUUUUACCGUAUAAAAGGUGUCCGUUUUAAUUAUUAGUGCCAUGGCCUUUUGACCGAGGUUCCAUAAAGCACUUUCGGCAAUUGAAUACAUCUCUUUCCUAAAAUUAAA